AUGUCGGAUGCUCGUUCGGAGGAUGGCCCCGAGGAGCCUGCAGCAGAGGCCCCAAAAGCCGCACCGCCACCUGCAAGUGUUCCCGACGGUGGCCUCCAGGCAUGGCUGACAGUCGCUGGCGCAUCAGUCGCUCUGUUUGUCUCAUUCGGCUGGGUCAACUUUUUCUUCAUGCUUCUCAUUUCCCUCGUGGCGGGCAAGCUGUUCGACAGCUAUGGUCCGCGCUUGCCUAUUGCGAUCGGAUCGGUCUUGCAUGUCUUUGGACUGAUGAUGACCAGUCUCACCCACAAAUAUUAUCGGUUCAUGCUGAGCCAGUCUCUGGUGUCUGGAAUUGCCCCAGACCUGGUUCCGCCAGAAGCGGGGGAUCGUUGGUGGUUUGACGGUGGCAGGAUCGUCGUUGGGCGGCGUCAUUUUCCCACUGAUGUACAGCAUCUGCUGCCGCAGGUGGGCUUUGGCUGGACGAUGCGUAUCUGCGCCUUUCUGAUCCUGGGCCUGCUGGUCAUCGCUAAUCUCACUAUCUCCUCCAAUCUCCGACAUGCACCACGUCCGUUUUCUGUGAUGCAUUAUCUCGGGCCGUUGCGGGAGCUUAACUUCGGCAUCCUGUGUACGGCUACCUUUUUCAUGUACUGGGGACUGUUCAUUCCAUUUGAUUAUAUCGUCGUCGAAGCCAUUCACUACGGCAUGUCGUCGCGCGUGGCGUGGUCAUUAGUUCCGAUUCUCAAUGGCGCCAGUUUCUUCGGUCGUACAGUGCCCAACUAUAUCGCGGACAAAGUCGGUCGCUUCAUCGUGAUGCUCGUCAUGACCUCGCUAUCGGCUAUCCUGGUGUUGGCCUUGUGGCUUCCUGCCCGAGGCAAUGUCGCGCUCAUCACCUUUGCAGCCUUGUUUGGCAUCACCUCAGGUGCGAUCAUCGGCCUAGGACCCGUCCUGAUUGUCUCCAUCUCACCAAUGAGCGAGUCGGGUUAUCGGAUGGGUACUGUCUUGGCUUUUGCUGCGGUGGGAACCUUGACCAGUCCGCCUAUUGGGGGCGCGAUUGCCGCCGACAGUGGGGGCAGCUACACCUAUACGUGUGUCUUUUCAGGCGUGAGCUUUAUUCUGGGCACCAUCGGCCUUGCGGCUCUACGCGUGCGGCUUUCUGGAUGGGGGCUUACUACGAAGAUCUAA